GGGUGGUUUGUUUGGUGCUAUUCACGAGCAAGCUUCGUUCAUGAAGAAGAUGGCCGAUCUCGCAUGCCAGAACCGAGUCCUGCCAUUGAGUUCAUAGAACGAUAUGUUAUUCACAAUGCGACCCACUACCUCCUACGACCUCAGUCCUUGAGCUUGUGUGAUAGCUAUCACGUUCCCUAUUUGCACUGUGAAUGCCCGCUCCAAGAAGAUACAAUUGGUACAUAUGGCCUGGUGUCUUCCCUCUUCCUCCGAAACCACCAAUUCCUUCUACUCCCUCCCCAGUCCGACCUAAGUCACUCCCAUCAAGUGGACACUGAGAGCCACGGGAGAGGGAACCCCAAUACUCUUCCUCCGUUUCUGUCUUGCAUGGCGAUUUUGAGGGGCGAGAUGGUAUUGAAAACAUGAGUUCUUUUUCCAGCCUUGAGUCUUCAUUAUCAGGAUUUGGAGAAGUUUCAGCUUGUGGUGUCACCGUCGGCAAGGGGGAUGGGACUGGGAUAUUCCACUUAAAAGGCUCUAGUCAUUCACCUCGCAUGUGGCCCUAGUGUUGGCCUCUACUUUUCCGAUGCCCAAGGAGGUGACCUUCUCCCUGAGGGCUGACGUUCAUUGCCCA